AUCCAAGGGAGACAAGUGAUAUUGCCCGCGAAACUCCAUACACACAUGUCGACGGACUGACCUAAGCACAGACGAGUGUUUAUUUGGGAUAUUAUUGCACGUCAUUUCAUGUUUCAAAAGAAUCUUGUGCCACAUCAUGGCAGCCGGCAAUAUUCCCGAAGAUGUGAAGAAGAAUGUCAGAGCUGUUCUUCUGUCCAAGAUAGGGGGUGUCCUUGUCAGUGACUUCAGGAAAGACUACCGUAAUCUUACCAACAAGAAACUCUUUAUUGAGAAUUAUGGAUUUGACAAUUACAAGGACUUUGUUGAGGCUAUACCUGAAUAUGCGAGACUUGAGUACUCUGACAAGGACAUGGCCUACAGAUUGUUUGGUGUGGGUGACCCGAACAUGUACAUGUCUCUGUCCGCUAAGAUGGCACAGGGAAAUAUACAGGGAAGUUUACAGAAGGGACAUUCCUCCAACAUAUCAAAGGGAAACAGAUUUGCAAACAGAAAUGGUGCAACACAUGACAACGAAGAUGGCAGGAAACUGAUCCCCAAUAGCCGUGGACUCUACACUGUAUGCUACAGAAGUGAAAAGGCAGUCAGCAAUGAUAAAGAAGACAUCACAGAGUGGUUCAGUGAAGCCGGGGAGGUGGGCGAGGUCAACACCACACCCAACUGGAUAUUUGUGCGCUUCAAAACGAAGCAGGGAGCCCUGUCGUCCCUCGAGAAGUUCUCUUAUCUCGAUGUACGCAUUGCCGAUGAGGGUAAGAACAAGAACAAGGAACACCGGAACUCGUUAGUGGAAGAGACAGAGGAGGAGGCGGAGAAUGAUAGUCUCCUGGCCAACAAACCCCAAAUGCGUGACGUCCCACCAAAAAGACAAGAUAAUCCACAGGAGAAACAAGGUGCUCACAAAAAGUUCAUCAGGAAAGGGGUCCCUGGUGGGCGGCAACAUGAAGUGUUUGUGGGAAACAUUACGAACACUCUUAAAGAGGAAGAGUUUGAUGAAAUGAUUGCUGAGUUUAACCCAAGAGAAUCAAGAUUAGUUCGGAAAGAUGUGAAGUUGUAUGCUUUUGUGAAUUUUGACACAUCUGAGGAUGCACAAAAGAUGAUUGAAGCCAUGGAUGGACAAGACAUUAAAGGUCGUAGAGUAGAAGUGAGGAUUUCCAAGCAAGACAGUCUUCCUAGCCACAAUAAACCCCAGGCCAACCCUCCAUCAUCUCAUCCAAGUGGCGCCGGCGGAGGAGCCACAUCAGGGAGAAACAUGAAGGGAGAUAUAAACCACCACAGUCAAAAAACAACCUACCAGGAAAAACCAGGUAUUUUGGGACCUGUACCAUCAGAUGGCCUCCGACGAGGGGAUGCCAGCAGCUCCGAGUUAAACCACAGUUUUGAAAGUUCCUCAAGUUUGGGCUGUGGCCGAGGUCUGAAUCUGUCUGACCGGAUGCAGGACAUCAGUAUUAGCAUUGACAGUAGGGGGAAGAAGAUGGUGACAUCUACACCAGUGGGCAGGUCACCACAGAAACCGCAACAGCAGUUGAACUCAACCUUGCACAUGGCCGAGGCAGCAGAUGUAAUGCCAGAACUCGAAACUACAAUGCCGGAGCUAGAAGCUUCAGUGCCUGACUUGGAGAAUUCUGUUGAUGUGGAGGAUGGGAAGGAUGACGAGCCUGUCAGCAUAUUUGUUGCCAACUUUCACCCGUCCACAACACCACGUGAACUUUACAUUUUGUUCUUGCGCUAUGAUGUUGUGAGUGUCAACAUUGUCCCUGCCAACAAGUGCCCAAAAGCGUACGUGUUGUUGCCAAAUCUAGACAAGGCUGAGGCUGCCAUCCGAGAAAUGAACCAGUUCGAUUACCUGGGUCGGCCAUUGUUGCUGGACAUUCCCCGAUCCACCCCUCAGGUGAGGGAGAAACUGAUGGCACGCAACUGCUUCGCAGGGGGCCGGCCAGUCUCCAUGACCCGCAGCCAAGUGUUGGACGGAGUCAGUGACUCCUUGGACUAUUCAAGUGAGGAUGUGUCGUCUGAGUCUGAACAGAGUAUAUAUGAAGUGUUGGAGCUGUACUCCCACAUACUGUUAAAGAUGAAGGUGAAGAGGAAUGCGCUGAAGCAGGGCAGCCACAUCAAGGUGCUGGUGACAGCCGCUGAGGAGGAAACUUUCUUCUGGGGACAGGUGGUCAGUGAGAUGGAGAACCUGAAGGCCUUGAAGCGACUGAUCCUUGACUUGCAAGAUACAGAUAACCAUCUGGCCAGAACGAAGGGCCUUGGGCGAUGUGCUGCAGUGUAUGAAGGGGAGUGGCACAGAGCCUGGGUUCUGAAAACCUCUCUCCGACAGAAUGAGAAGAUGAAGGUGUUUUUCGUUGACUAUGGGAACAUCGAGCGUGUGCAACCAUAUGAGACUUGCGUGGUACCCCCCAAGUUUUGGGAACUCCCUCCCAUGGCCCGACCAUUCACUAUUACAGGUGCGGGGUUCCCAGACCUCGGCGCCCUGGAGUCAUCUGUUGUUGACUGUCAAGUGACGAAGACAGCCCCUGUUGCUAAUGCUAUGCUGACUGAAGUGGACAUAGAGCAGACAUGAGGUUGGACCUCCCACCAAACUUGAUCAUCCAUACUUCAGUGAUCAUAACAUCACCAUAUGUCACUGGGGUUCAUAAUUUGAUAAUAAGUUGAUAUCUAGAUACACAUAUGUUAAACAUUUCUAGAUAUUGACAUACUUCAUGAGUCUUUGUUUAUGUGGUCAGUACCAUGUUUAGUACAAUAUCGAUUUGCUAAGAUUCAAGCAGCUCAAGAAGUUAGUUUGAUGAUAAAGCAUGUGACUGCUACAGGUAAUAUAUUGGUCUCAAGAAGAAGACACUGCAAGUCAGUUUACUGGGAGAUCCUAGCUAUUGACAUUGAGUUCCUAUGGCAAGCAGAUAUAUUCACCUCGGAUACAACAACAGCCAUCAACACAGCCAUCAAGUGUUUGGCCAUGCUGUGAUGACCUGCUCCAGUGGAGAUACUGUGUUCCUCUAAAGAGUUGCAAAUUAACCUGAGUUUGUUUUUGUUGAUAUGAUUCAUAGCUUAUUUUAUGACAGCUUUAUGAUGGGAUGGGUUUUUUAUAUCUGAUUUUUAAUGGGGCCU